UGGAGCUGCCCCGAUGGUGCCACGGACAGGGCAGAGGCUUGGCACAUCCAGUGCUCUCAGGCAGGACAGGACGGGAUGGGACGGCUGGGGGAGCACGGAGCCCCUUGCUGAGCCCCUCCACCCUGCCCGCAGCCUCCCUGCCCUUCAUCAUCCUGACGCUCGUGAACUCCCCGUACAAACGUGGCUUCUACUGCAAUGACGACUCCAUCCGCUACCCCUACAAGGCCGACACCAUCACCCACGGGCUCAUGGCCGGUGUCACCAUCACCUGCACCGUCGUCAUCGUCUCGGUGGGCGAAGCCUACCUGGUGUACACAGACCGCCUCUACUCCAGGUCGGAGUUCAACAACUACCUGGCGGCGCUGUACAAGGUGGUGGGCACCUUCCUCUUCGGCAGUGCCGUCAGCCAGUCCCUCACUGACCUGGCCAAGUACAUGAUCGGGCGCCUGCGCCCCAACUUCCUGGCUGUCUGCGACCCCGACUGGGCCAAGGUGAACUGCUCCAUCUACAUGCAGUUGGACAGCGUGUGCCGGGGCGACAGCCGCAACAUCACCGAGUCCAGGCUGUCCUUCUACUCGGGGCACUCUUCCUUUGGGAUGUACUGCAUGAUGUUCCUGGCGCUGUACAUCCAGGCCCGGCUGAUGGGGAAGUGGGCCCGGCUCCUGCGCCCCACGAUCCAGUUCUUCCUCAUCGCCUUCGCCAUCUAUGUGGGCUACACGCGGGUGUCGGACUACAAGCACCACUGGAGCGACGUGCUGGUGGGGCUGCUGCAGGGCGCGCUCAUUGCCGUCCUCAUCGUUCGCUAUGUCUCGGACUUUUUCAAGCAGCGCCCCGCCCCACUGUGCACCGAGGACCCCGAGCGCAAGCCCAGCCUGCCGCUCACCCUGAGCGAUCCUGACCGCAAUCACUACAGCAGCUACCCGGGGGGGCCCUGAGCCGCAGCCCCCGGCGCACUGGGCCCAGCUGACAGCCCCCCAGGCCUGCAGGGCUGCACGGACGCUCCCUCCCCACAUCAUCUUCUCCUCUCCUUCGGCUCCACGGCUCCCGGGACCCCCUACCCCCCUCUGCAAGGGGGCACGGGGCCAGCGCUGGGAGCGCCAGCGUGGAGCCCAGCCCCUCCUGGCCCGCGGAUCCGGAGGGGCCCAGCGCCUGCGUGUGAGUCAUUGCUUCUAAGGGUGACUUUCCAGCCCGCUGCACGGAAGAGGCCAGAGUGGGGCGGGGGGGGAAGGGAGCUGGCACGGGGCAGGGGAGGUUUGCUUGGCAAGCUGAGAGGAAGCCUGGAGGGGCAGGGGACUGCUUGCAUUUAUAUCCACGGCGUGGCCUGGCAGGGCAGCAACGCUGGCUUUUCCCACUGGACCAGGGACAACAGCUGCCCCGUUCCUCUCCCUCUGACACCCUUGGAAGCUGGCAGCUGAUGCAGACGAUGGAGGCACGGGCGCCAUUCGCUCCCCAGCCCUGGGGGCUGCCUCUGCCUUGGGGUCUGCCUGUUUGCACCGGGCUGGGUGGGACCAGACCCUCCUCUACGCCAGAUCCGACCAACCCCAGGAUGGCAGAGGGUGGGACUCUUCUGUGGUCAAAGGAACAUCCUCAUUUGGGCCUGAUCCCAGCCCCCCAGGAGGGCAGGCGAUGGACCAUGUCACCAUUUAUAUAUAUAAUAUAUAUAGUGUGUGUA